UGUAUCGUGCGGAAGCAGUACUGAAGUCGUAGCUCACCUCAGAGAAGUUUCUCGUUUGUUUAUCGAGGGGCAUUCUCCGUUAUAUACCUAUUCGUUGUUUUUAUUUCUUUUCCUUUCUAUCAGUUUAAAGAGCAGCAAUGGCGCAGUAUAAAGGAGCGGCGAGUGAAGCGGGGAGAGCGAUGCAGCUCAUGAAAAAGCGUGAAAGAGAGCGCGAGCAGCUCGAGCAGUUGAAACAGAAGAUCGCAGAGGACAACAUGGUGAAGUCCAACAUUGAUAAGAAGUUCUCAACUCACUAUGAUGCUGUGGAGCAAGAGCUAAAGUCAAGCACUGUCGGAUUGGUGACUCUGAAUGACAUGAAAGCCAAGCAAGAAGCUCUGGUUAAAGAGCGUGAAAAGCAACUAGCCAAAAAGGAGCAGUCAAAGGAGCUUCAGAUGAAACUGGAGAAACAGAAGGAGAAGAAAAGAAAGGAAGAGCAGAAAAGAAAGAUUGCAAGUUUAUCCUUCAAUCCAGAGGAAGGAGAGGAGGAGGAGGAAGACGACGAUGACGACGAUGAAGAAGAAGAGGAAAUUGAAGAGGAGAUAUACUUACCUGUUAAGAAGAAGAAACUUGGGAAGAACCCGGAUGUUGACACCAGUUUCCUGCCAGACAGGGACAGAGAGGAAGAAGAGAAUCGUCUAAGAGAGGAACUCAGACAGGAAUGGGAAAGGAAACAGGAAAAGAUCAAAAGUGAAGAAAUUGAAAUCACUUUUAGUUACUGGGAUGGUUCAGGGCAUCGAAAAACUGUCAAGAUGAAAAAAGGCAACACGAUUCAGCAGUUUCUCCAACGAGCUCUGGAAGUUUUGAGAAAAGACUUCAGUGAAUUGAGGUCAGCAGGAGUCGAGCAUUUAAUGUACAUUAAGGAAGAUUUGAUUAUCCCACAUCACCACAGCUUUUAUGAUUUCAUUGUGACAAAGGCACGUGGCAAAAGUGGGCCACUCUUCAAUUUUGACGUGCAUGAUGAUAUUCGGCUGGUGAACGAUGCAACCGUUGAGAAGGAUGAGUCACAUGCAGGGAAAGUUGUGCUGCGGAGCUGGUAUGAGAAAAACAAACACAUCUUCCCCGCCAGCCGCUGGGAGCCUUAUGACCCAGAGAAGAAAUGGGAUAAAUACACAAUUCGAUGAGAUGCCGCUCCACAUCCUCAAGACAUAUAGAGCUUGUGAAGGAUCUUUUGUUCAUUUUAACAUCAGCCAACGUACAGUCUUUGCUCUCCUGGGACCUAUUGAAGUAACUGUAAUUUUGUGUUGCAAGUUUUCAGUGAAUAUAGGUUGUUAGGGCCAGUUAGAGAUAUGUGUAUGUUGUCAUAGGCUCAUAGUCGUUAUUGUAUAGCAAGAAAAAUGAACUUAAUAUCACAUGGCAUUUUGUUAAAGCAACAUGCACCCUGUAAAAAUUAAUUCAGUUUGCUUGUAAAUAAAUUCGACAUGCUUUUUACCACAAUAAAUCUUGUGUAUCAUUG